AAAUUUUUUUACGGGGAAACAAUUAUCGGUAAUUCCACGAGCUUCGCAGCCUCUCUACCUCUCCGUCUCUCUCUCUCUCUCUCUCGGUCUCUGGUCAAGUCCUCCGUAACCGCACUGCGCCACCUUCAUCUAUAUCUUCCUAUAACCACAGUAACCACCGAUUCCACUACCGUUUAGAAACCUUUUUCAAUAUUCUCAGAAUUUUGCUUGGAACAGAAGCAAUGCCGGCGCAGAAGCGAGCUCUCGGUGUGGCGGAGGAUGAUCCUGUGCAAGACAACCCCAGCAACCACCAUGCCCCAGAGGACGCAGAGGAAUCUGAUCGAAGCCCUUCGUCGAGUAACGGGGACAACAAGGACGAGUUUGUUGCAGUGAAGCUGUCAGAUAUUCGUAAGGAAGUACAAUGUCCAAUCUGUCUAGGGAUCAUUCGGAAAACUAGGACGGUGAUGGAAUGCCUGCAUCGCUUCUGCAGGGAAUGCAUUGACAAAUCUAUGAGGCUGGGGAACAAUGAAUGCCCUGCCUGCCGGACCCAUUGUGCUAGUCGUCGUUCCUUGAGAGAUGAUCCAAACUAUGAUGCUUUAAUUGCAGCUUUGCAUCCAGAUAUUGACAAGUAUGAGGAAGAGGAAUCGGCUUUCCAUGAAGAGGAAAUGGUUCGCAAUAAGCAGAUACAAGCUUCCAUAGCCCAAACUUUUCGACGGCAAGCAGAAGCUUUGGGUAAGAAGCGGUCAACAGCUAAAGCCACAGCAGCUGCAUUUGUUAGGAGAUCACGGGGCUAUCGAAAUGCUCAUCUGAGAGGAAGGAGAAACUAUCGAAAUGCUGCUGAGAGUCAAGGAUCCGAUGAGAAUGAGGAUGCAAAUGGUAAUGAUGGAGGCAAAGAUUCAUCUUCUGCUGAUGAGCUCACAGAAGUCCGACCAAAAAGAAGCAAAAGAUGGUUAGGAGCUCGAUUUUCUCAGCCAUCUCCGGCAGCUGCAGGAGCUGAUGGAGGUGGUGAUGAAAAUGAUUCUGAAGUGAAUAAAGAAUCUAUGGGUGCAACUGCUGGACUUGUUAGCGGCUCAGAAAGGCUUUCCUGGGGCAAAGGUGGCAUGCGGAGUCACACACGAUAUGGCAGUAUGAGUGGUGGAAAUGGUAGAAAUGCACGGAACAGUCGCCCCUCAAAACUGGCUGAUUAUCUGCGUAACGUAGAGAAAAAUGAUGAUGAGUUGACUAUCAACCUCAUGCUUGUUUCUUUCGAUGAACAAAUUAUACCGAGUUUGGAGAGGCCCUACCUUUGCUGCAGGCCUACCCUGUCGGUUAGACAGCUGUGCCAGUAUGUAUCCAUGCGAACUACAACCCAACAUGAAGUUGAAUUGCACUUGGUAAAAGAAUUGCAUUCCAAACAACCUUUCAACCCUGCAAGUUCUCCACCGGGCAAGUCCCUAAUAAUUGAUCCAGGCAAAGACGAGCUGCAAAUCCUAGGGGAGGGGGAAACUCUGGAAGGACUUGCGACAAACGACCUCGUUCAUGGCUAUUUGCUUCUGGCAUACAAGAGAAAGUCAUGGAACUCAAAUCUUGUGAUGGCUUUAUCAUGAAGAACAAACUUUCUCGUCUUUUGUUUACCAAAGUAUGGUAUACAGUUAUACUCUCAAUGGGGAUCUCAGCUUUAUACUCAUAGUUUCGAUGCUCUAGGCUGUUCUGUACUACAACAACAGGAAAAAAAAAAAAAAAACUCUUUUACGAGGUUGGACAAGGAAAAAAGGUUGGAAAGUUAAAAAAAAAAAAAAAAAUUGGACAAUUUAGAUUCUAGAAUCAGAAGUCCUUGUCAUACUUAUAAGGCCCAUUGCCACAAAUAGGCACAGAUCUAGCUUGCUAUCACCAUGGUCUCUAAUGUAGUUUGCAUGCUUACAUUGUUCUUCCUGGUACUGUUUAAUGAUCACAUGUCAACAGGCUAUAUAGCUUUUAUC